CUCCCAGAACAUUGAUUUUUGUGACCACAGUUACAAACAGCCUCCAGAGAGCCUGUUCUACACCAGACCAGUGGCGCCAGACUGCAGCUAGAGCCCAUCAUCAUCCUCAUAUGGUUGUCAGCACCAAGAAGACUUCAAAAUCCAAUAACUCUUGGUCUAAUGAAAGUUGAAAUCAAUGAAUAAAGGAGCAGACAUACAUAAUAUAAAAAUGCUGACAUAUAAUAUGGAAUAAAAUACUGGCCAGUUGCCAGGUACAAUUGAAAAUACCACUAUCUUGUCAAAAUGUCAUCACAAAAGCUCAAUUAGAUACGAACUGUAGAUAAUUCACUUGGAUCAAAGCUCUUGAUAGCAAAGACAAUGUUGGCUCCAAGAAAUGCCCUUGUUAGCAAUCUAAACUUUGUGCACCUACAACAUGUUUCGCUUGGGGUCCAUCUCUCACUGCGGUCUGAGCUCAUGGAAAAUUCCAUAACCAGAGACCCAGGCAAGGAGGAAAUAACUGGAUGUCACCUUUGGAAAGACAUACCAGACAGAGUUGAAGUCGAUGCCAAUUCAAAUGAUCCAUCUAUUCCAUGCCAGUGUUGUGACAAGCACACUGAGCAUGUAAGCUCUCGCCUGGAUAUAUCUCAGAACAAUCUGGAGUCAAGUGAUGAGAUCCUAUCCCCAUCCAGUCCAUUAUCUCCAUCCUCACCAUCUUCCAACAGCAGUAGUUCCUCAGACUUCACACUUGAUGAGUCACCAGUGUCCAUGUACUAUAAGGAAUUCUUGCAGGAUGGUCCAGAAACCCCAGACCAGCAACCAGAUAUCAUCCCUUUGGAUUCUGCCAUUGAAGACGAUCUCACACCUAUACAACAGGAUUGUGAAACAGCAAGCACCAUAACACUGCAGUCAAGCAUCACAGGGGGCUUGAAAAGUCCCUCAACUGAUCCAUCCAUUGGGGGGGCGGGAACUACAUUGGAUGAUAACUGCAAUGCCGUAUCUGAUCUUAAGCCUGUUCCAGCUCCACGAAUUUCUGGAUUUCUGGAUUGUAACGAGGACAUACAACACAGAGCAGAGGUAGAGGACAACAAAAAUGCCAAUGUGACUGCAAGCCCUGAUACCACCCAUACCAAUCUGCCUUUGGGUACAGAUGAUAUACUCCUUCCAGGUCUGGUCUCCCAUGGAAAUCUAACCACACAGAGCCCUAAGAAGAAUAUAACCUCAUUCAAUGAACUGGCCCAAAAGAGGAGACGAAGUUCAGGAGUGCCACCAGCUCAGCAAUCAAAGAAAGACAGGAGCGACUGGUUAAUUAUAUUCUCCCCAGACAGCGAACAACCUCCAGUCAAUGAACUGACAGCUACAGCAUUCUACCAUGGAACACUGGGAUCACAUUCUCUGCCAAUGCCAGCAGGAAAAGAGGUUACCACAUUUAGGGAACUUAAAUAUCGCAAUACGCUUAUAAAGCAGAAUACUCAGCAGGCAAAAGCUCAGGCCACCGUUGAAACUGAUCUUCAUAAGGUUACAGUUGGUGAUGAUGGGUCCCGGCAUCUAGUGGAAGGUAAUAAAUGGUACGAUAACCCAUAUUCGGAAGAAAAAUGUUCCAAGCACCCAAGGAACACCAGACCCCAACACCAUGAAAACAAACUCCAGACAGCUGAAGCGAUGGUUGAGUCUAAUUUCAAUUUUGCAGGAGAUAGGAAGGAGUUCAUGAUGGCUGCAAAGGCUGAACAUAAAGACAUGGUUAAAGGAACAGCUUGGGAACUGUGGUCAGCAAAUGGCCAUUCUACCUCUUUCUCUAACCCAGAAGUGAAGAGGCAGAAGGGGGCAAAUGUAGAACCUAACCUUAAAGGAGACCAGAGCCAAGUGAAGAAAGGAAUGGUCUGGAUUCGAGGGAUGGCAGAUGGAGGAGACAAGAAAAUCAGAGAAGUGAGUGGCCUGCCCUGUACCUCAGCCAAAAGCUCCUCUGUAUUUGGCUCACAGGGAGUUCCCUCUCAUUUGCUCAUCCAGCUUUCUACUAACCCAAGUCUGAUUUGCCCGCCUGGCUCCCUACCACCUUCCAGCCUAGCUCUGAACAGCUCCUAUAACUGUGCCAAAGCAGUGCUGCCCUGUGGCCACCGCACUCUCCUGCAGACGCUCCCUGCCCGCAUGUCCCCUGUAGGGGCUUUCUCUCCCCCACACCGGGGAUUUCUGCACCUGCUGGACACGCAUGAUGUGUCUGUACUGCAGUCACCAUUGUUUCCAAGGAACAGGAUGCUCCCCAGGCUGUCACCAGAGAGGGGACCUCUCUGCACCCCCCACUUGGAUACACCAAGCACAGUCCAAGAUCAGUUCAUGGCAGAUGGAGGGGAAGACUCAUUACAGCAGGAAAAGAAAGGUCUGUUAGUUGUGAUUGGUUCAUCUGUAGACAACAUUAUCAGUCAUUUCAACAGCAGCAGAAACCAAGUGCAAAAGACUCAACUCGGUGACAGCAAAAUCAGUCCCGAGCUUGGCUAUCUUCUCCUAAAUGGCCUGUGCCCCUCCAUUUAUGGUCUGCUGAGUAAUGGAUUGAAGCCUUUUCAGAAAGAUGUGAUCAUUGGAAGGAGGAGGCUGAGUCCGUGGAAUUUGGUUGAGACCUCCAUUAAACAAGAUUCAACACCAGGGUCUACACGCAACCUGUUUCACUGCAUCAGUAGUUUCUCACAACUCAGAGAUCCCCAGAGGAGGUUUAAUGCCUUCAUUUUUGGACUACUAAACAUUAAACAGUUGGAUCUCUGGUUAUCACAUCUGCAUCACAACUAUGAUCUCUACUCAACCUUUUAUGGUCCCACUGCUUUCCUGACACUAGCCACUACUUCUCAGCCUGAGCUUUUUGAGGAGCUUCUUCUGAUCUUGCAACCUCUAUCUGUUCUGACCUUCCAUGUGGAUCUACUGUUUGAGCAUCACCACCUGCCGCUGCAGGACCCUCCCGAUUCCCACCAACGUCACAGCUAUGGACAUAUCGUAUCAGACCCCUGGGGAGGGAAAUCUUUUAAGCAUAUCCUGCAAUGGGGAGAACAGUUUGCACACAAUUUGGUAGGAAGUAAAGAGGACACCUUGUUGAUUUGCAAGGAUAACCCUCAGGACUUGUCUUCCCCCCUAAAGAAGACACUAGAGAAACCCUCACCCAGCAUUGACACUCCAGUGAAUUCAACUUCUAACUGGUGGCAACAGCUUAGCCAGGCUUCACGCAUGUAUAUUCCUUCUAAAAAGGAUUCUUUUGGCUUUGCACCUUUGAUAAAACUGAGAAAUUGGGGUGUUCCUGAGAGUAAAACAAGUUCAUCUGUGAUCUCAGAGUCCAUGAGACCUAAGCCCACAGAAGUAGAUCCUUCAACUGUGAAUGAAGGCAAUAAACUCAAAGUGCAGCCCAACCAGUAUCCCAGAUCAGAACAAGAUAUGGUACACUCUAGCAGACCCACUCCUGCAGACAACGGAUCAAGCUCUGUGUCUGUUGAGAAAGAGAAAUGCACUAAACCAGAUGCUCAGAAUGAAGUUCUGCCGCAGAGUAAUGAGGAUUGGGGAAACUGGCUUGGACAUCUAUUUGGUGCAAAUUCUGCUCAUUAUCGGGAAUUGGAAAAGGGAAAAAUAAAAUCGAGAAUGCCCUCCAGUUGGCUGACUCCAAAUAUGAAUGUAUUGGAUUUCAUAAGGAAGCCACCUCCACCAGAACACACUGCAGGACUCCCUCCAGACACGGAUAAGAGCGAUCAGGAGAAUACUGGAAAAAAGGAAAGGUCUCUACGAGCACUGUGCGAUCAUGCUUGUACAGAGCAGGAUCAGCUGAGCUUUAAGAAAGGUGAUGUUCUGCAGCUUCUAAGCACAGUGGACGAGGACUGGAUCUGCUGCCGUCGUGGACAGGACACUGGUCUUGUUCCAGUGGGAUACACAUCGCUAAUAUUGUGAGAACCACUGCAUCGAAAAAGAUAAAGAAAAAAAAGUAAUUUAGGACAGUAUUUCACCAUACUAAACCACUUUUAACCUCUUCCAAAGACAGCCACAAACACAAACCACCUCUGUGGGGCCCAGCAAGAAAGAGAUGUCGCUCGGACGUUUUUAACAAGAGUCCUUAUCGUCUGUUUCAUACAAGUUAUCAGAGACUGGCCCUCAUGUCUUGGCAUAGACCAUAAAACGCCAACAUAUUCCAUAUAGCGCCGAUAGAGCAUAACAUGGACAUGCUGCCAACUCCCAUGUAGAACAUGUGGCCUGAUAUGAUACAUGGGCACACAUCAGCCUCACUAAACUUGCAUGGGAGGCAUGAGUCAACGCUGGACGCUCUGUAGAAAGAACAUUCCAAGAAAAAUGCUAUAAGGCUGGAGUUUGGAUUGUGGGCUGUAUAUUUAGAAUAUUUAUAACUAUAUUAUACAUUAUAAAUAUAUAUACACAAACUGCACUGGCUGUAAUGAAUUGUAAACAGAUGUGUAUGAAUUAUUAGAUUGUAAGCUCUUGGGUCAGAUAUUGUAGCUGUAUUCUGUAUGCAGUGCUGUUUUUAUCUAUAUCUGUCUCUAGAUAUACACACAAGUAUGACAAAGCUGAGCAGAGGGAGAUUCCCAAAUAAAAUGUUUAUGGACACAA